AUGGCCGCGGGAAGAAUUCAAAGGUGGGCGCUCCUCCUAGGCGCUUACAAGUAUCGCCUGCAAUACAAGCCCGGUAAACAGCUCGUAACUGCUGAUGCACUGAGUCGGUUGCCUCAACCUUUGCAGCACGAAGUCGGUGCCGAGGAAGACUCGACUGAGUGCGUGCUCCUGCUACACCAGUGGGACGAACCGGCUAUUCCAGUGAAGGAACUACAAGCCUCGACGGCAGCGGACGUCACGCUUGCUGCGGUUUACAGGGAGCCGCCAGCAUCUCGGACGACAGUGGUGGACUGCGAGCAAUGGACGAUCGCGCCAGGUGAUGCCGUGUAUGUUCGAAAUUACGGUGCCGGUGACAAGUGGACCCCGGGCAAGGUCAAGUCAACGGAGGGCUCAAGAGUGGUGUCUGUAGAGACAGACAAUGGUAUCGUGCACCGUCACGCAGACCAAGUUCGCAAACGAAUGCCAGACAGACCAUCCGCUACAAUGUCAAACAAUGACUCCGAGGGAACUGGUGCACAGCCCAGUGACGGAACUACAACCCUUCAGUCAGCACCGCCGGACGUCGCAGCAGAUGUUCAACCCCAGCUACGUCGUUCCACUCGUGAAAGAAAACCCGUGGAGCGUUAUGGAUUCUAAGAAAAGGGAAAUGCUGCAACUUGCAAGCCACCAGUUGCUGAUGCGCAGUCGAACGCUGCGCAUGCCUCGUAUCUUUCUGUCUUCCUUCUCCCCCACCCCGUUUCCUUUAAGUUAGCGUGCUUCGAAUAAACGCACGUCUUUUGCUGGUCGACGCCUGUCC